CGCUUUCGAGACGUUAAGGCCGACACUCGCGUCGCGCACCUCGGUCCGACGACAUCGAACGGAAACGCAGGGACACACGUGUGGUCGAGGCGUUCUACGAUUAGGCACCUCCAGAGCGAAGUGGUCACCGUUUCCGUGGACCACGCGAGCCUUUGACAAUCGCCAUCGAAACUUCUUUCGCCCAGAUCACGUUUCGGUAUCGCGUACGACUUGAACUCGUUCGUCGUUGAACCGCGCAUCGCGAAUCGUUUGCGACACGUGCUUCGCGUGAUAGUUGUUAUGUGCGUAUCGCGGCGGGAAGAAGGGUGAAGUGUUCAGAUAAGUAUUCAUAAGUGAAAGAAAGAAAAGAAUUCGUAAUCUGUCUCGCGGCCUGACAGGUUCCUCGAUGCACCUUUUGUCAGGGGGUGAUAGUUGCACGUGGUGGGAACUCGACGAUCUCUGACAACAGCCCCGCGGUGAGCACAAGGAGUUGCAUUUGUCAAUUAACAAGUGAGAAAAGAGGGAUCCGUCGUUGCCGAGGGUUCUUGCCAAGAUCGUCAGGACCAUGAAGAAAUCUUAUUUCGUCUUCAUAUGCCUGCUGGGCCUCGUCGUGAGCGACAACAGCACGAUCGGCGACCAUUCGAUCACGGAGGACACUUCAGAGAUCAGCAAUACCAGCAACAAUCUCGCGGUCGACGCCGUAGAUCAGAACGCUGGUUGGGGAGAAUGGUCACCAUGGUCGAAGUGGUCGCCAUGUACGAGGACGUGCGGUGGCGGAAUCUCGCGUCAACAGCGUCGAUGCAGGCGUAGACCGUGCAAGGGGAAGGUCUGGACUACCAGAUACAAAAUCUGCAAUCCGAAGCCCUGUGAGAAAUCGGACGAUUUUCGCGCGGCACAAUGCGCCGCCUUCAACAAUGUGCCAUACAGCGGGCAACUUCUCAAAUGGUAUCCCCAUUACGACCCAGCUAGGCCGUGCGCUUUGAUCUGCCGCGGUGAACAGACCCUCGAGAACGGCGCUACACGGUUGCGACAGGAAGUGCCGUUGGGCGAGAAGACGAUGCCGCGCGAUUCCACGGAUAGCCUGCAAUUCGACAGCGACGAGACGAUAGUGGUGCAAUUAGCGGAUAAAGUGGAGGACGGCACGAUAUGUUACGCGGAGGGCACGGACGUGUGCAUAAACGGCGAAUGCAUGAAGGUUGGUUGCGACCUUCGAGUUGGUAGUAACAAGAACACAGAUGCGUGUGGCGUGUGCGGAGGGAAUGGAUCAAGCUGUCAAUCGCGAUACUCCUGGAGUUUGGAAUCGAUAUCCGCCUGUUCCAAGUCCUGCGGUGGAGGUUUCAAGAUAGGGAUGGCGGUGUGCAAAUCGGCCGACGAGAGCGUUGUGGAGGACAGCUAUUGCGAUGCAAACAGCAAGCCUUCGGUGAAGUCCUUAAUGCCGUGCAACACGCACCCCUGCACAACCAAGUGGAUGAACGGGGACUGGAGUGCGUGCAGCGCGAGCUGCGGUGGUGGUUCGCGAACGAGGUCCGUCUUCUGUACCGAGGAGAACGGAAACGAAACCACGAAGCUACCCGAUCACAAGUGUAGUGGCACGCAUAAGCCGCGCACUCAGGAGACCUGCAACACCGUAUCCUGCCCGAUGUGGGAGACCGAUAAAUGGAGCGAGUGCUCCGUGACCUGUGGCACCGGAAUACGGACGAGGACGAUCGAAUGCAGAGACGGUGUUGGUGCCAUCUCCAGGGACUGCGACCCCGCGGAACGCCCUCAUACCGAGCAGGAAUGCAAGACGAACGUCGCAUGUCCCACAUAUGGAGACGGUAUGACACAACCCCUGGUGCAACCGUAUCCACUAUCUCCAGUGUCAGAGAAAUUGAUGGACCAACCGAUACCUUCUGAAUCGACGUUUAUCGCCGAGGAAUGGUCCCCCUGCAGCGUUACUUGCGGCGAGGGAGUCAGGCAUAGGGAGGUGCGCUGUAAAAUAUUCCUCGAGUUCAGCAAAACCAUCGCCAAGCUACCGGACAGCCAGUGUUCUGGUCCGAAGCCGGUCGAAACGGAAAAGUGCACGAUGGAGCCGUGCGGUCUGCUGGAAAACAGCCUGUCCUACAGAAUCGACACGGUCGGCGAUAGCGGAUACGCCGAGCCAAGCCUGACGGAUUCGUACAGUAGAUCAUCGUCCGGUAGUUCCGGCGGAAGCGGCUACGACAGCGGCAUCAAGGUCGCCCCGGGUAGCGACGUUCAAACUACGUACUCGUGGAAGGAAACUGGCUACACCCCCUGCAGCGCGACUUGCUUAGGAGGUGUUCAAGAUCUUAUUAUAAACUGUGUGCGAGACGACACCGGGAAAACGGUGAUGCCGCUUUUAUGCUCCGCGGAAACGAAGCCGGAAGCGAGGAUAAGAGUCUGUAACGACCAUCCAUGUCCUCCGAGGUGGAAUUAUAGCGAAUUCUCCAAUUGCAUGAGCCCUUGCGGUAUUGGUAUACAGACACGUGACGUUACCUGUAUCCACGAGGUGACACACGGCACCGGCAAAGCAGUGCCCGUUCCAAAUUACAUGUGUCCGCAACCACCACCCGCCGACAGACGAUACUGCAAUGUACUGGAUUGUCCUGUCAAAUGGAGCACGGGGGAAUGGGGAAAGUGCUCGCGAACAUGCGGCGGCGGUGUGAAGAAGCGAGACGUGGUUUGCGAACAGAUAAUGGCGCAAGGCCGCAAGCAGAGUCGCGAGGAACGCGAAUGCCCAGCUCAAAAGCCAGCUAGCGAGAAACCCUGUAACACCAGAGCUUGUCACGACUCAGAUUCCCAGAGCCCUAACGUGCCGCCGAUCAUCACCAGCUUAAACUCUACGUACAAUCAAACGGAUAUCAAUGCGAAGGUGGACUUGAAAAUUGGCGGAAUUGCCAAGAUUUUUCAAGGAACACCUUCCAUCAAAAUUCGCUGUCCCGUUCGGAAGUUUGACAAAGCGCAGAUCUUAUGGACAAAAGAUAAGAAGGAAAUACGGAAAUCAAGAAAAUAUAAGAUCAGCAGGAAAGGAGCUUUGAAGAUAAUCGAUAUAGUUUCCUCGGACGCAGGAGUCUACGCUUGUAUUGCGGGAAAUUCGCACGCAGAGACACAGUUGAUAGUGAAAUUUCGUUCCAAAGAGCAGAUAAGUAGCGAAGAAUAUUUACGACUCGGCAAUUCCGUUCAUCUACAACGAAACGCGAAUCUCGACUCUGCACCGGCGAAUUCUGGCGAAAGUCCAUACACUGAUCAUGCAGCAGCCUACGGAAACCGUUUUGAUAGCGAGGACUUCAGCCAUGAACGUGCGUUUCCAAGCAAACCAACGAGAAAACCACAUCAAAAGAAACAAAAGACCAGUCCUACUCCGUCAGACGCCACGAUGAUGCACAAAGAGCAUACUGUUACUUCUCUCAACCAGCCGGGAUAUCACGAAUCCGUGGAAUCACCCGCUCCAUCAAGUGCUUCUACUCUUGUACCGCACUUGAGCUACUUGAUAUCGAAUUUGAAGGCCUAUUGGCCGUUUCACAGCGAAAUAACUACGAGUGAUAAUCGUAAAACUGCCUCCACGUCAUUUGUCGAGGAUGGACAUAAAAAGGCCGCGACGACGAAGCAUAAAAUGUCUAACAGGGAAACCGACUUCAUGUAUCAAAGUAUAGAGAAUAGCUUUGACAAUCUAUAUCGUAACACAAUCAUCCCGGAUGAGACUUUCGGCCCAGAUGAGGAACGGAUAUUUAUCGAUGUUGAUCCGUACGAACUAGACGAAUCUGUAUUCGGGCUACAGCACGGCGGUGGCGGCGGCGGCGGCGGCGGCAUCAAGUCAAACAUAAUGAAGAAAGUUGAUACCAAGCUUACCACGAAGGCUGAUAUCGAUUAUAUCGAGGAGUCGUUAAAAAAUGUGAAACGACAAUGGCAAGAGUCGAGAAACGAGCAUCGAGAUCAGUGGAGUACCACGCGCAAAAGUCACGUCCAAAGCAGAGUCACGACGGAAUCUAUCACGUCUUCACAAAACGAUGGAAUGGACGUGUAUUAUGUUGAAGACACGAACACAAAAAAGGAAAUACUCGAGGAGGCAGGCAGUUUUACCGACGAUAGUGAUAAGUCCAUCAAUCAUGGCGUUUAUGGGAACUUGAGAACUGAAGAUCCAUCGACCGUCGCCACGACAAUGAUGUCUAAAAGUCUUGAAGAUCGAUUAAGGAUACCAGAAUCGGAUCAUCGUAGUUUGAGCCACGCGAACAGGACAAUCGAGUACAGCGAUGCGUUCGAGGAGGAAUUGGAUAAGCGGAAAAUCGUGCCGUAUGUGGAAAAUCACACGGCGGAUUAUACAAUCGCGCGAUUUCCGACUACUAGAGACCUGGAAAAUAGAGCGAGGGAAGACUCGACGUUGAUAGAUGAUCGGAGGUCGAGCGCUGUUGGGGAGAAUCCUGACGAGAACGUAAGAAACUUAUCUCGAAAUCGAGAGGAUCACACUGGCUCCAUAGAAAAGGCCUUCUCAGUUAAUCUAAAAGAGGUGUUUAGAGAGGGGCAACGUUCAACCGAUGGAGAUAAGCCCAUGAACGUUAUGACCUCCACUGUAACGGGAGAGGACGAAACGACAAAGGAUCCCGCUGCAGAAUCACUCUCUGUCUUAGCUGCGGAUAAUGUUCUGGUGUUCGAGUGGGUUACGACCGAUUGGUCGAAGUGUUCUCAAACAUGCGGAGGAAGUGGAUUCCAGAUGCGAGGUGCACAGUGUACAGUACGAUCAACGAAAAUGGAUGGCAAUUCUACGCGCGUUACGCCGAGGACGGUCAUCGGUCAGACACUAUGCGAGGACGCUGGAUAUCCGGUACCACAGAAGGUGAGACCCUGCGGAACGGGCAAGUGUCCUCAGUGGCACGCCACGGAAUGGACUCCGUGCGAAACGUCAAGAUGCUUCAAUUGGAAGACAGCGAUGCAGAAGCGGGACAUUAGCUGUCGUUUGGUAAACGACGUGGAGGAUGGUCGCGAGAAUAUCACGCUACUGGACACAAGCAAGUGCGACGAGGCCACGAAACCUCUGCAAAGACAGGAAUGCUACAACGACGCCUGCAAAGGCGUCUGGAGGGUCGGCGAAUGGACGGAGUGCACCGCGUCUUGCGAGGAAGAUGGUAUCAAAUAUAGGAUUUUACAAUGCGUCUGGUUUGGCACGAAGAAGCCAGCGGGAAACGCUUGUAGAGAUAUACCACGACCUCCUGUUAUGAAAACAUGCAGGGGUCCGCCUUGUCCUCUGUCUACUGCAUUUGCAGAAGAUUGCAAGGACCAUUCGCAACUGUGCAGCAGAGUGAAAACAAUGAACAUAUGUAAGGUGCCGCUGUACAAGAAACAGUGCUGCGCAUCUUGUCGCUAGAUUCAAGAUAUUGAUUGACUCAUUGAGUGACUCGUUGUGAGGAUUAAACAAAAUGAGCGAUAAUGAAGAGUGCGCGUGAGACAGAGUAAAUCGUGUAAAUCGUGAUUAGUCGAACAAUUACUUCGUGACAUAUAUAAACGCACCCGGGAUGCCUGUUGUUAGUAAAUUACAUAACGCACGCGGAAGACGCGUGCUCACUGUGGAAUAAAAUUGCACAGUAUUGUACGAUGUCCGAUUUAUAGAUAAAAAAAAAAUUAUCCAAGAAAGGAGUUGACCAAAAUCACUUCGCUGUAAUAGUUUCCUCGUCGUAUCUUCGCGAGAGCCGGUUUAUACCUCCUCGCCUCAAGCGAUUCCUCGUGUAAUAAAGAAAAACCCGCCAAUCUUAACAAUUUCUAAUUACUUAAACUAUAAUUUUCUAACGUAUGUCACGCGUAGUUUGGCGCGAUUCUUGUAAAUUGCGCACGCUCAUAUUGCCUGUAGUUCAAAAGGAAAGAGGAAGGAAAAUGUGGAAAUUCGGCAUUUCGUCCAAAAAAGUUAAGAGCGUUAUAUUGUUAUAGAGUUUGAUGAAAGGAAAGUAGAAAUUUAUUACUACGUCCUGGGAAGAAAUCGUUAUUGCGACAUGCCGUUGAAAUCGACACGUUAUUAAAUGUUGUCAAUGUUGGUGCUUUAAGUCGCACGGAAAAUGGCUUUAAACAGAAUGAUAUUCAAAUUUUAAUUUAAAAAAAAAAACGCUAAGUCUGGAAAGUUGAGAAACAUACGUUGUCGCAAAGCACAUUAGAAAACUUUUUUUCUUAACGCUUAUUUUUUUUAUAUCUAUUUCCCGUCACGUGGUAAAUACAGCAGUCUUUGUCUAUUUUUGAAGCAAAAGAAAGUCAUCCUUUUAAGACUGAAAUGCUCUUCGAUAUCACUAUUCUUGGGCAUUAAUGUAAAAAGAGAUUUGUUACAUUCCAAAGAAUCAUUUGACAUUCCGUUGUAAACAGGAUGAAAUUAUCUUCGUUUUGUAUGAACGUAUAUUUAUUGAUGUUAUCUCUCCCUCUCUCCUUUAUGUUUAUAGAUUCUGAUAAGUUAUUACAAAUGUAAAAUAUAAAGUUAUUUAAGAAUAUAAGUUAUCAAUGAAUUAUUGCGCGCCUAUAAGAGUCCUGUCGGGCGAUCUUAAGCCAAUAGAUAUCCAAUAAGCAAUAAAAAAAAUACAUAAGUAUUGUAAUAUAAUAUUUUGUUAAUAAUCUCUGGCGAAAAUUCGUGAACAUGACCAUUUCGUUGUUGGUUGAAGGGCCCGACUUUACUUAUGUGCCUCUAAUCACUUCUUACACUACCUAGAUAUUACUAGUAGUUAUGAAUAUAUUCAUUUUUCGCGUAUUCACUCGUAGAACUCAUCUACUAGAAUUCAGUGUUUUCAGUAAGAGCGAAUCCCUCACGCAGAUGUUGAUUGUACGUGAAAUGAGGAUUUGGCCCUCUUGAUUAAUAUUAAACAUUUAAUUAUAAUCAUAGGCGCUGCCGAAAUUCAUAGGAGACAUGCACACCAAUGGAAAUAUUUUUAAAAAUCUAUUAAGGUGUGUAUGUAUGUAUGUAUGUGUGUAUAUAUAUAUAUAUAUAUAUAUAUAUAUAUAUAUAUAUAAGAAUAUCUUUAACUCUCCUACGAUUAUUGUAUAGUCAGUAUAUACAGACGGCAGAUUAUUAUACAAAUGUGUGAAUGCAUUCACACAUUUCACAUCUACAACGCGGCGCCUAUGUGAAUUAUAUGAUUUGAUAAGAUUGUGAACAGAUUUUCGCUAUCAACGAAUUUGCCUCGACACAGCUAAGCGGUUUGCCAAAAACGAGCUGACGUAAAUGAAAAAGUAAGAUAUAAAUUAGAAUACUAUUAAAGACGAAAGAUAAAAAGGUAUAUUACGAGCUAUCAUAAAUUACUGAGGUGCACGCAUAUACUUUAUAUGUUGGUAUGAGAAAGACUAAAAAAUAUACAAUGAAUAUACUGGACGCAUCGAAAGCAGAGACUUUCCUUAGGUUCAUUCCUUAAUUGAGGAAAGAUAUUCGCAGCUUUCAAUACAUCCUAUAUAUGAUUACAGAGCUAGCAACGCGAUAAUAUGUAACUGCCAUUGGCGCGUCAUGUAUACUGUGUCACACAUUUCAGUAAGUAUUUAAUCGAUACUUACUUUGUAAUGAUAUGACCCUGGCAUGUUAUUGAUCAAUGCGGUAUCAAGAAACAAAUUAUUUUCCAAUUAAUUAACAUGAUAACACAAUUCUUGAAAGGAAAACGAGUUCUGACACAUACGAUUUUUGUAUAUAUCAUGAUGUAGGUAUGUAAAAUGGCUCCACACUUAGUACUGUACGUAAGCAUUACUGUUCAUGAUAUCUAUGUACAUAUGUAACUGCCUAAAUGCGAAUAAAACAAGAGAAUAUAUCACUGCA